GCGAGGCGUUGCAGCAGUGCGCUGCACGCGUAGAAGCGAAGGCGCCGAAGCAUCCAGAUGCUUUGUGCCUGAGCUUACAGGAGGCCUACUGGUCCUACCUAGACGAGACAGUAGAUGCGGCCAAGGGGCAUUUUCCGCAUCUACAACCCUCGGCGUUUGUGGAGUUACUGUUGGAGGUGUCUGAAGCACUAUCCUCGCAUGGCACUGAGAUUGCGCAGUGCUUCCGCGAUUGGCGUCAAAAACGCCUGGCCCAGCCUCGGUGCGGGGCUGUCAUCUUGGACGAGUCGUUGGAGAAAUGCUUGAUGGUCCAAGCCCAUAGUAGCAACCUCUGGUUUUUCCCCAGUGGCAAGCUGGAGGAGAAUGAGACCGAGGUGCAGGGAGCCAUCCGCGAGGUUUGGGAGGAGAUCGGUUUGGACAUCACUCAUCGCGUGGAUGAGAGGCAAUAUCUUAAAGCAAUUGUCCCGGACAACGGUCGAGCCAUCCCAGUAAAGCUGUUUGUCCUGGUGGGCCUUCCCGAAAAAGCGGAGCUGAAGCCACAAGCGAAAAAGGAGAUUACUGCCAUCUCCUGGGUUCGCAACUCCAAACUGCCUGGCUGGGAAAGCGGCUCCCAGACUUCAAAGACAAUGCGGUUUCUGAACAUGGAGCACUUUGCACCGCAGCUGAGGCGCCUCGUGAACGAAAUGCGCGAGGGGAUCCCGCGGGAGAAGGCUCUGGCGGGCGGAUGGCUCGACAUGAGAAA